GUGGCAUGCUUUAAGAAUCGGUGCAUUCCGCACACCGAAUUACUUACUUACUUAGACAUUUAAAGUGUGGUAGGAAAUGGACCUACCGGCCAUUGAAACCGACACAAUAUGCUUUAGCAAUAACAGUGUUGUCAAUUGCGUGUACGGAAUCCAUGAUUACAUCGCGCGAGGGGCUUUUGGCAUAGUCCAUAAAGGACGCGCUACACUUUGCACACAAAAUGCGUCGUCCCCGUGUGUUGACAUUGCGGUUAAAUCUGUUCAUAUGGAUGACAGAGUGCAGCUGCAAACCGACUCAGAGCACUUCAUGAAAAUGCGUAGAAGAUUUACAACACUGCUUGGCCUGAAAAACGCCCAUGUGGCAACAUACCACGAAAUCAAAAUUACGAAAACGGAAGGCGGACCUCUGGUUGAAAUUGUCAUGGACUAUUACGGUGGCGGUGAUCUGAGUGAACAUUUGAGCAGACUGCAGGAUGAAGGAAGCUUGCUGGAAGAGCCCUCAGCACUGCGUUAUGCGUCCGAAAUUGCCAGCGGUUUAAGCUAUUUGCAUUGCAACAGAAUUUUUCACGGGGAUUUGAAGCCAGGAAAUCUUUUCAUGAAAACAGGCGACGAUAUUUCUUGGACAGUGGUGAUUGGUGACCUGGAUGACCUCGUUCAAAUUCAGCGAUCCGUGACACAGGCUCGCGACAUUACGCAUCAUCGCGGGACAACACGUUUCAUGUCACCCGAAACGAUAAAGAGGCUGGCCAGGGCCAGGGGUGUAAACCGACCGGCCGGACGUAAAAGCGAUGUCUGGAGUGUAGGAUGUAUUAUGCUGGAACUCGGCUUUUUUGUAACCGGGCAACACGAAAGAUACCUAUCACGAAAGAUGGGAGAAACUGUUGAUUGUAGCACGAUCAAUGAUAACAGAUUUAUGGAAUUAAUUACCAAAGGGUACAUUCCCUAUGUGCCUCCCUCCACACCACUGAAUCUGGCUGGCUGCAUUCAGCUCUGCCUAUGCAGAGACGCCCAAGAUAGAACUGAUGCUGAAGAACUUGCGCGGCGUUUGCCCAAGAAAAGCGAAAACCCAGCCAUUACAGCGAACGAUUUUGAACAGCAGCCUGAAAUAAUAAAUUUAUUGGGGGGCCCUGAAAGUUCCGAUACUCUUUACACCACCACUAACAGUACUACGCAUGAUGGUCCAAGUUCCGAAGAAAAACGAGAAGUCUCAAGCGAAACAGCAGGAUCACCGGGGUCGGCUGACACUGCACCGAUAGGUCAAGUUGUCUACUUGAAUGCACAAGCUCCGGUCGUCGCGGAACGCGCUACACCGAAUAUUUCAGCUGAUCAGUUGUUAAAACAGUUGCACCAGAAAGACGGGAAAUUCCCUGUGGAAUCAAUUAUAUUGUUUUGUGCAAACAAAACGAUCAGCAAAGGUGCUUCGCUGAUCUGCCUCAAGGUUUUCAAUCCUGUAGACUAUUCAGUCACGAAGCUGGAGAUGCCGCUGAAGCUGGCAAACAAAACAUUUUCACUAGAAUUUGUGGCCUGGAACGGUUCAGUGAUUUGCCAGUACCAAAACGAAAACCGGCUGCGAUUUAACACUGUUGCCUGGGACGUUGCAAAGGGAACUCAGACCGUCCAUGGUUUCGCGAAACAAGAUAUUCGUUUCAAGUGUCCCGUUGAGUUAAAUGGAGGAUAAUGUGUGUGGGACUCAAAUUAUUACCUUCACGGACAACACCCUUGUACAAGUUACUGGUUCAUUGAGGGCGGUCUGGGCUCCACGAAUAGUGUUCUGAAGAAUUCAUUAAUAACAUCUGCAGAUUCACAGAACUAUUUGCGAAUUUCGCAGUCAGAACGAUGGAUACCUUCCAUACACAGCGGGAUUAGCUACAAGAACAAGAUAUUUUAUUUUGGAAAUUCCCUUAUGGAUCAUGGAGAGAGAGACCCCUUUUGUGUGAAAUUCGUGAUUGAUACAAAUGUGCCUUGCGUUUUAUCCUAUGAAUUUCAAUCGCAUAGUUUUGGGUUACGCUCAUUCGCUCUAGUUCUGCUGCAAAAGCAUAUUUAUAUUGUGGGUGGCCGCUACUGCUCAUUUCCUUGUGUCGUGGAUAACUGUGGUCACGCUGAAAGCUUAUGUGCACGUCUAAAUGUUGACAAUAUGAAACUGGAGAAGACGGCCCCUCUACUGCAACCAAGACAUUCACAUUGCGCGAUAAUGUGCAAUGGGAAGAUCUUUGUUUUUGGUGGAUGGACUGCGACAGACGAUAACCUCGUUACAGGAAAAACGGCAACAGAUGUGGAGAUGUACGACAAGGACACGGACAAGUGGUGCAAGGUCACCACCACAGAUAUGGACGCUGACACAGGAUAU